AUUCCCUCUAAACAAUUACCUUUAGUUUAUCAGACAUGGAGCUGAGUCUGGUAAGGGUGCCGGAGUUGAGUGAACGACUGUAUGAGUGUCGCGAAGAAUACGUCCGACACUCUCAAUAUGCUGCUGCCAUGGAGAACCUGAAACAUAUUUUUACUGUACCAGAGUCUGUUGAGAAGACACACAAAUGGAUCUCAGAAGGAAGGCUGCUCUAUGCUCACCAGUGUCUGAUGGACUUAGAGAAUAGCAGAGAUGACCUCUUGUUUGAGCUGCACAAGUUGCCUCACCAAAACCCUAAUGAUACAAGGAUGCUGAAAGAAUAUUUUGCUGAUGUACAAAAACUUUCAGAUGAUUUAGGCAAACAAGUUUGGAUCAUUCUUCAGCGCACACUCAACACAGUACGGAAAGAACCCACACAGAUUGUCACAGCACUGAGGAUUGUGGAGCGAGAGGAACGGGCUGAUCAGUUUGCUCUACAGGUACUUUACAACUUAUUAUUGUCUUGUCAAUCAAAUAGAUAUUACUUUGGUAAAAUACUUGCUAUUAUUAAGUACAGUACAGUGGUUGUUCUAGGAAUAUCAAAAGGGGUGAGGUCCAAGAAGUUGUGGGUGGGGGAACAUGGCGAGCACAGUUAACUCACCAAUUUCUUG